CCGCUGUCUCCGUGGACGAAGUGACGCCCGGCUGACGGCUGAGAUUCGCUCCCUCAUCUCGCAGUUCCUGCAGGGACGGUGGCCGUUUGUCCCAGCAGGCUCCAGUGAAACUCCUGCCUUUCACCUGUGACUGUCGCAGUCUGCGGGAGAGCAACAAAUGGCCACACCGCAUCCACCUCAGGAGCCCGUGAGCUUUGCGGAGGUGGCCGUGUAUUUCAGCAGGGAGGAGUGGGCGCUGCUGGACCCUGUGCAGCGAGUGCUGUACCGGGACGUGAUGCUGGAGACGUACGCGUGCGUGGCCUCGCUGGCCCCCAAACCUAUGGUGGUCUCCCUCCUUGAAGGAGAGGAAGACCCCUGGGACCCAGAUGUGCAUGUCCUGGAGGACAUGGCAGGAGAUCUCAGCCCAGGACAUGGAAUCACAACUGUUCAGGAGGGUGUACAGAAUUGUGACGUGACUGAAAGGCAGUGUGGAAGUGUCUUGGUGGAAGAAAUCAGAAAGGAUAUCCAAGGGGAUCUGAAACAAGCAGAGCACGUCAAGAAGCAACAGGGAAACCCUCCAGGAGAGACUGUGAGGAAUCUGCUGGACUGCAGCACAGGUCAAAAACAGCGUGAAGAUGCAAGGAGUAAGGAAGUGUGCCAGGAGAAAAGGCAGAACCCAAGUGCUGAGUGUGGGAACAGCCUGAAAAGGAAUUCCAGCCUUUUUAACCGCUGUUGUGUACGCUCAAUGAAGAGAUUGUACAAGUGUUCAGAUUGUACAAAAAGCUUCAAAUGGAAAUCCCACCUCGCCUUCCAUCAGCACAUCCACAGAGGAGAGAGAUCCUUUAGGUGUUCUGAGUGUCCAAAGAGCUUCAAGAACAGCUUCCCCCUCACCUGCCACCAGUGCAUCCACACAGAGGAGAGACCCUUCAAGUGCCCUGAUUGUCCAAGGAGCUUUAAAACCAAUUCCCACCUCACUGGCCACCAGUGCAUACGCAGAGGAGAGAGGCACAUAAAGCACUGCGAGUGUGGGAAGGGCUUCAAAUACAGCUCUGUACUGCAGUGCCACCAGCGCAUCCACACAGGAGAGAGACCCCACAGGGAGUGUCCUGAGUGUCCAGAGAGCUUCAAAAACAGCUUCCACCUCACCUGCCAUCAGCACAUCCACACAGGAGAGAAACCCUUCAAGUGUUGUGAGUGUGGGAAGCACUUCAAGUACAGUUUUGUACUGCAGUGUCACCAGCGAAUGCACACGGCAGUGAGACCCUUUCAGUGCUCUGAGUGUGGGAAGGGCUUCAAAUUUGCUUAUCAAUUACAGCACCAACGCAUCCACACAGAAAAGAGACCCUUUACAUGUCCUGAUUGUUCAAAGAGCUUCAAAAUCAAUUGCCAGCUCGCCUGCCACCAGCGCAUCCACAGAGGACAGAGACCCUUUAAGUGUCGUGAGUGUGAGAUGAGCUUCAAAUACAAUUCUGUAUUGAAGCGCCACCAGCGCAUCCACACAGGGGAGAGACCCUUCAAGUGUCCCGAGUGUCCAGAGAGCUUCAGAACUAGUUUCUACCUCACCUGCCACCCAUGCAUCCACACAGGAGAGAGACCCUUUAAGCACAUGUCAGCAGUUUGUGACGUGGUUUGGCCCGGUUCUGUGACUGGUGAAGGAGGAGGAUCCACGGAUCCAUGCCCCAGAAAAGGGAAAAUGGGAAAGGGAAAAAGGGGAAGGAGGAAAAGGGAAAAGGAUGGGUAGACGGGCCUGACAUCAAAACAGUGGCAGUGAUCUGAAGAGGAAAGAUCGUUUACUAGAAAAUAUAUCAGAACGCAAGAUAACACAAUAUAGUACAAUCUAAUUGGAUUGGAGUUAAUAAAUCAAAUAAAAGUGAGAGAGAGAGAGAGAGUGUUCGAAAGCUGAAGGUCUUGCUGUAAUGCUGAAGGUGAGCACACAUGCUGCCAGGACGAGCAGAAAGUGAAAAAAGAGACAUCUUGUGAUGUGCAAACAGUUUUUAUCUUUACCUCUGGUCUGUGAAUGGAAACACGAAGUCCCCUGGGGCAUGUAGUUCUUCUCAGAACCAGCUACCCAGAGCAGUAACUGUAAAUCCCAAAGCACUACACACAAUCACAGAAUCAUAGAAUGGCCUGGGUUGAGAAGGACCUCAAAGGUAUGCAUUUUCAAGCCUCUGCCAUGGGCAGGGCGCCAACCAUUAGACCGGGCUGCCCAGUGCCACAUCCAGCCUGGAUGCAAUGGUGUGGAGUACUGGUAACAAAACAUCGUAAAACUGACACUCCAUCCCUUAUUCCACAUUCCUAUAUCAUGCUCAAUAUCUGAAUACAUACAGAUUAUUCUCAGUUAGCAUGUAUCAACAUGCUAUUAACGUUGUAAUAAUUGUAUUACACACACACACAUGUAUACACACGUGGAAUGACUGAAUACACUCGCCCAACGUCAGAUUCCCUUGUGGUGCACAUUGAACAUCCCCUCUUUCUGCAUCACGCUGAGCAAAAACAGUUCCACUGUGAGUUUUGCCCUUUCCAGAGGCUGGGAGGACCCACAGUGCUUUUCCCAAGAUGCUCUUUAUAUGUACUACAGGGACUUUAUCUCCCUGUAUGUUAUGUAGGGAGCUGGAUUGGGUAGGACCAUCGCGAUUGACCGAUCCUUGAGUGUUGACCAAGCACGUGGCUUCUGCCAAGUGCUUCUCCCAGUGCUCAAAUGUUCUGCCACCCGUUGCUUUCCACACAGUUUUUAACAAGACGUAUCAUUUGAUUGUACCAGAAGCUGGUGCAUGAUAGGAGAUAUGAUAAAUCCACUCAAUGCCAUGAUCUUUGGCCCAAGUAUUUACAAGAGAAUUUUGGAAACGAGACCCAUUAUCUGAUUCAAUCCUUUCUGGAGUGCCAUGCUGCCACAGGACUUGUUUCUCCAGACCUAAUAUGGUGUUCUGGGCAGUAGCAUGGGGUGUGUGUAUGUUUCAAGCCACCCAGUGGUUGCCUCCACCAUGGUGAGUACAUAACGCUUCCUGCUGGGAGGUCAUGGCAAGGUGGUCGACUCAACCUGCCAAGCGUCCCCUCCGAGCUAGAAAUAAUGAACCCUUGUGUUGCCAGUUCAAGUCCAUUUGAGCCACCUUAAGUUUAGAGGCUUAAUCUACCUGAUGGUUAUUUUGUUGUUCUUCAGUAGCCCAGUUCUUGGGCACGUGAGCAUCUAUGUGACACACCUUUACAACCAUAUUCUUUAUUUGGGCAACAACGUCUUUCCACAGUUCGGCAGUUCAAAUAGAUGUACCCCUUCUUUAUCAAUUCUUUUGUUCCCACUGCUUUAACCACCCCCAUCAGGCAUUUGCCGCUAUCCGUGAGUCACUAUAAAUCAUUGGCCACCUCUCCCGUCCAGCAACAUCUAAGGCCAGUUGAACAGCCUCUACCUCUGCAAAUUGGCUUGAUUCUCCUUUUCCUUUGGUGGCCUCUGCAACUUGUCACAUAGGGCUCCGCACAGCAGCUUUCCAUCUGCAGUGCUUCCCAGCAAUAUGAUACCAUCCGUCAGAGAACGGCUACUUUCAUUUUCUGGUAGUUCAUUGGAUGAUGGGGUCUCUAGCACGCAGUACCUCUUCUGCUGGUGAUGUUCCAGACUUUUUGUCUUCACGUCAGUCCAUGAUCACCUCUAGGAUUCCUGGACGGCUGAGGUUCCCCAUUUGAGCUCGCUGUGUAAUCAAUGCAGUCCACUUAGUCCAAGUGGCAUCAGUAGCAUGAUGGAUGGAGGGAACCUUUCCUUUAAACAUCCAGUUCAGCACUGGCAGUCGAGGUGCCAGAAGGAGCUGCAUUUCAAUACUAACUACUUCGGAAGAGGUCCAAGCCCCCCCGUAUGUGGCCAAGAUUUCCUUUUCAGUUGGAGUGUAGCACUCUUCAGACCCCCUGCAUGCUCAACUCAAGAGGUGAGCCUCGGGUCUCCUGAGGCUCCUUGCCACUGCAUCCAAGUGGGAUCUUUCUCUCUGUCCCAAAUGUAAGAAGAGCUUCUACCACAGCUCCAGACUGAGUACCGGAGAAUCCAUUCAGGGCAGAGACCUGGAAAGACAGAGUUUCAUCCAGGGGCUGCAACAUUAUUGGCAGUUGGCUAAUCUGUGUGAGAGGUAGACCCUGCAAGUGUCUCACCUGCAGGAGGAGUUUCUUUGAGGGCUGGCACCUCUUUGCUCAUGGGAAAACCCCCACUGGAGAGAUCCUGAGGAUGAUAGAGACCUAAGGAUCAUGGAAACCCAAACGCUUCCCACCAUACAGAAAGAGUUUGAAAAAAAGAAGUGGCAUCACUGGCACUCUGUCUGGAAAAGGGACUUAUACCUGGGAGCUUCUGGUGGUUUCUUUCCCUGUUAAUAGAAUAAAAUCUCUCCCCAUGCCCAGUUUUCUGCUCUUCCUGUAAGCAGCUUUUUGAAGCCAUUUCUUACGGAAGUUCAGCUGUGUAGGGAUGUCCUGUGUGCACGUGUUCUUCUCAGUAAUUUUGGAGUCCACUGAUGAAUCAUGUAGAAGGGUCAGGAGAGCAGUCAAAUGUCUCUUGGAGAUUUAGAAAAGAAGACCUGCAUUCAGAAGAGGUCAUCCUACCUGCAAGCUUUCACAGAGCAACCAGCCAAUCCCUUCAUCCUUGUGUUAGACCUCCGACAAGUCAUGUGGAAGAGACCAGCCUUGGAAGUUAAGCUUGGUUUGCCCUGCUCCUCAUCCUCCUGAUCACUGCAUCCCUUCUGUGGCAAAUGGCCUUUCUGUGCAGCGUGAAAGGGGACAGGGAAGGAGAAUAAAGUAGCUGAG